CCCACUUGCAGUCUUGUGUCUGUAGGCGAGGAGGUAAACGACAUUCCACCUCCACGGGCCAGUUUCCACUUGGAAAAGUCUGGGUUGCCUCCCACUUUUCCUGCAGAAGUUCCUGCACAGCUUCGCAGCUCUGUGAAAGACUGAGUGGGUAACAAGAUGGCAUCCCAGCAGCUCUGCUUCAGGUUAAUGGGUCUGGUUGUAUUGCUGACACUGUUGGCUCUUAGAGACGUGUCCAGUGACAGCAGCCUGCACAAGAUCUUAAGGAGAAGAGAUGUGGCAGCAGCCGGUGCCGCCCCCUCGAAGGACUCCAUCGCCGUCCCGGCCUCCAAGGCUCAGGAGUUCCUGGCGAAACUGAGCAGAAGCAAGAGGAACAUUUGGGAUCGCAGCAGACCGGACGUACAGCAGUGGAUUAUGCACUUUAUGUACAUGGGAUUCGAUGAGCAGAGGCUGGAGGCUGACCUGGCAUACUGGAUGGACCACGCUCGCGCCAAUGACCAAGGGCGUCAGCACCAAUACGACGAAAACGCCCCCAUCGCCCCACGUGACCCCAGUUCUUACAGGCACGGAGCUGAUGUCAACUACGACUACUAUUAACUCGGGUCCGCUGGUUUGACACCUGCCAACGAGCUGUCAGCAUCCAAAGUAGUGCACAGCUGCUCCGGCCUCUUCGUUUUGAUGUUACACCCACUAGAAUAAGUCACUCUUUUUCUCCUCGCGCCUACAUGAUAGUUGUAAAAAUCAAAAGUAUGACACCUCUGCGUCUGAAAGUUCAGUUUGGAAGCAGCUGAUUGUGUGAAACGCUGUUCGAUUACUGUAAAUUAAAGAUGUGGCUUCCUCAGCUCUGGUGUCCUGCUUUCUCUCUUCCACUUGUCACGCACACAAAUAUCUUUCUCCCCCCCGCAAAAUAUUGGAAAUAUUUUAUUAAAAUAACAUCUUCAUUUGAAACCCGAUAAUGCACAUCCUGACAUGAGAUUUCACAAAGCAGAACACAAUGACGUCCUGACGAUUGAUUGACACGUAGUGAUGCCGUAACAGCCUAGUCUAAUAGUUUGGUUCCAGUCCCGUCGGUUUGCUGAACAGGAUGCUGGUCACUGAUAAAAGAAGACGAAACAUCCAGUGGAAAAACAAAAGUCAGAUAGCUCCAGAGACAAAACACUAUGAAACCGAUCAAAUAAACACUGAUGCACAGUACGAGCUGUUUGCAGGACUCACGUCUGUGAUUUAAAUAGCAACAAAAAAGCACAAAUUCACAAUAAAAAUAAAAAAAGGCAGGCUGGGUUUCUGAUUUCUUGCCUCAAAUUUCUGUUUUUUGAUUCAGGCGUGUCCGUCCGGUGAGGAAGCUCUCACCCCCACAGUGCAGCUGCAGCUCCAACGCAAGGCAACACUUUCUAAAUCUUUUUUUUUUUUU